CUGAGCUAAACGCAGCAUUGGUCCAGGCGCGCACCCGUCACUGGAGGAGGCGAGGGAGCAAAAGGCGUCCAAAAGACAAAUAACGGCGGUUAGCCAGCGUUUAUUCUGCAAAUUAUUACACAAAAUCGAGCAAGGAUGUCGGAGGAAAAGCCAAAGGAGGGAGUGAAGACUGAGAACGAUCACAUCAACCUCAAGGUUGCUGGACAGGAUGGUUCAGUGGUCCAGUUUAAAAUCAAAAGACACACACCGCUCAGCAAACUGAUGAAGGCGUACUGUGAACGACAGGGUCUCUCGAUAAGGCAGAUCAGGUUCAGGUUUGAUGGCCAGCCGAUCAACGAGACGGAUACACCUGCACAGCUGGAGAUGGAAGAUGAAGACACCAUAGAUGUAUUCCAGCAGCAGACAGGUGGCUACUGCUAAGCCCCUCCUACCUUAUCGAUGGCCACCCUUCAGACCACGCCCUCUGCCACCUUCACUGUCCCUCCCCAUUGCUCCUCUCUGUUCUUAUUAUUAUAAGAAUUAUUAUUCUUUCAGUUUAAAGAUGUUGAUGGAUUUUGUCAGGUGCUGGGUGGGUGGGGGUAGGAUUUUUAGCUUUUUACAUACCCCCUCAGCCAUGACUGAACUUUUAGUGUCAACAGUGUCUCUGCUGGCCAAUCAAAUCAGUUCCUUCUGACACUGCAAGCUGAUCGGACCAACAGCACGUCAGAGGUGUUGUUGGUUUGUGUGUGGUUCUGUCUCACUCUCCAGUGAAAGCGUAGUAUCCCGGUAGUUUGACGUGCUUUACAUCCGUAAGGGUCAUGCAAGGCCCUAGAGUUACUCAUCAGGGGUCACAGUCGGUUGGCGUGAAAAUGUUUUGAAGUGGAAGCAGUACUUUAACUUAAUACACAUCUGCCAUCCAUUUCACUUCAUUUUCCUUUUUUCUCUGAGUGUUGACAGUUUCUGUUUUGUCAACAUGUAUUUUUAAUUGCAUUUUUAGGAGGUUUUGCUAAAAAAAAAAAAAAAAAUGAAUGAAUUAAAUCAAUUUCUAUUUUCUUUUAAGAGAUGAAACCCAAGAGCUUGUGAGGUUUCUGUACAGAAGUAUCAGUAGAUGUUGCAUAAACGAUCUGUGGCUUGGGUCAAGGC